GAUCGAUUCGUCACCCAAAGUGAACUGAGCGAAUGCCAUGGCGCCUAGCGGCGGCCCUGCUGCCACUUGAGCUUUGUCAGAUGCGUCUCUUCGACGCGCACUUCCACCCCCAGCGCCUGGCCUCCGCCGCGGCGCGCGAGACGCUGCAGCGGGCGCAGGAGUCUGCGGUGGUGGCGGGCGCGGGGUGCGGCUGCUGCCCGGAGGAUUGGCACCAGUUGCAGCAGCUGGCGCGCGAGUUCCCGGACUUUUUGGUCCCGUCCUUCGGGGUCCACCCCUGGUGGGCCAGGGACGACGGGGGCCCUUGGCUGCCGGAGCUGAGGAGGCUACUGCUGGAGCAUCCGCACGCCGGGGUGGGGGAGUGCGGACUGGAUGGUGGCAAGAAGAAGGAGAUCCCGAUGCAGGUGCAGCAGGAGGUGAUGGAACGGCAGCUGAGCUUGGCCGUGGAGCUCCAGAGGCCCGUGUCCUUGCACUGCGUGGCGGCCCACGGCGCCAUGCUGGAGGCGCUCCGGAAGAGCUUCGGCGCAAGUCAUGCGCCGGGCCUCGUGCUUCACUCCUAUUGCGGCAGCCCUGAAAUGGUCCCAGCCUUUGCCCGGCUCAACUGCUACUUCUCCUUCUCCGCGUCUAUUUUGCACAUCCCGAAGCACGCGGCGGCCUUAAGAGCUGUGCCGGAGGAGCGCCUGCUCAUUGAGACCGACUCCCCGGACCAGCUGCCCAGAGCCUUGCGGGGGAAGCAGCCGGAGGGCGGACAGGAACUUCUGAAUGAGCCCCAGUUUCUGCCCUUGGUGUUGGAGGGUGCCGCUAGCAUCCGCCAGGUGCCCGCGGCGCGACUUGCAGAGCUCACCUUCGACAAUGCGGAGCGCGUCUUUCGGCGCUUUGCCGAGCUGAGCGAGAAAAGUGGGCGAGCGACCUCGGCGAGCGCGGCUUGCGACGGCCUUCGUGCGGAGGGUUUGUUUGUGGAUCUCACGCGGGUUCGCUGUGGGCGCGGGCUCUGCCCCAGCAGCGCGGAGGCCAAGAAUUGCAACUGA